AAAAGGAAAAGGAUAAGGAAAUAGAGAGAAAGAAGCACAUGUGCGAUCUCCUCCCCUGCGCCCUUUCCCAUCUCCCGUCUCCGAAAUCUCCGCUUUUAGCCGAACCGCGGCCCGACCAAAUGCUGCGUUUUGCAGCUUGUAAUCUUCUCUUCAGGGCUUCGAUAUAAGGCUGCGGCGGUGGCAGGCGAAAUCCCUCGCGUCUUCCCCCUUUUUUAUCUGAGGGGGAGUUUAGAGGGAGAGGGGAGGCGGGAAAUCCGAUAGUUCGUGGGUCCUCGUUGACCACCUCCCGUCCUCGGAGGCCACCCAGAUAGGAAGGGUUGCAGAUCGGUUGGUGCCUCGGUUGGGGCGGAUGAUGGCUGUCGGUGGUGGCGGUGGGGAGGAGAUGGAGAGGGACUUCGAGGCGAAGCUCCGGCUGCAGCAGCCGGAGACGACCGGGGAUGGGGGUCAUGCCCGCCCGGCGGUGCAGAGGACCAACAGCAUUGUCUUCAGGGCGCCGCAGGAGCAGUUCACCAUCAAUGAUUUCGAGCUGGGGAAGAUAUAUGGCGUCGGUUCCUACUCAAAGGUAGUCAGGGCAAAGAAAAAGGACACAGGAAAUGUCUAUGCUUUGAAAAUUAUGGACAAGAAGUUUAUUGCUAAAGAAAAUAAAGUUUCUUAUGUAAAGCUGGAGCGCAUUGUGCUUGAUCAGUUGGACCAUCCUGGCAUAAUCAGGCUUUGUUUUACAUUCCAAGAUACCUACUCUCUCUACAUGGCACUCGAGUGUUGUGAAGGUGGUGAGCUGUUUGACCAAAUAACCAGGAAAGGUCAUCUAUCUGAGGAUGAGGCUCGCUUCUAUGCUGCUGAAGUUAUUGAUGCUAUGGAAUAUAUCCAUGGUGUAGGAUUAAUUCAUCGGGAUAUUAAGCCAGAGAACUUACUGCUGACCACUGAUGGACACAUUAAAAUUGCUGAUUUUGGCAGUGUGAAGCCCACCAAGGAUAGCCAAAUUACAGUUCUUCCAAAUUCAGCAAAUGAAAAGACAUGUACUUUUGUUGGAACGGCUGCUUAUGUCCCUCCAGAAGUUCUUAAUUCUUCUCCAGCAACCUUCGGGAAUGAUCUGUGGGCCCUUGGAUGCACCUUAUAUCAGAUGCUCUCUGGUUCAUCUCCCUUUAAAGAUGCUAGUGAAUGGCUCAUUUUCCAAAGGAUCAUAGCGAGAGACCUAAAAUUUCCUGAGUACUUUUCACAUGAAGCAAGAGACCUUAUUGAUAAGUUAUUGGAUACAGAUCCAAGUAAAAGACCAGGUGCUGGACCUGAUGGUUAUGCUUCUCUCAGAAAGCAUCCUUUUUUCAAAGGAAUUGAUUGGAAGAACUUGCGAAAAGCAUCAGCACCAAAACUUGCUCUGGAGAAGGAUACCAGUGUGGAUUAUGAUAGUCAGGAUACUUCAUGGAACCCCAUACAUGUUGGAGGUGCUCCCUCUCACCAACAAGGCAUACCAGAUGGAAGCCCAGUUGCCACAUCAUCUUUUGUGCCUCAGUCUCAUAUUUCUAGGCUGGCUUCAAUUGAUUCUUUUGACUCUAAAUGGCAAGAGUUUCUUGAGCCGGGUGAGACUAUUGUUAUGAUCUCAAAUCUGAAGAAAGUUCAGAAGUUGACUAACAAAAAAGUGCAACUCAUUCUUACUGACAAACCCAAAUUGCUAUAUGUGGAUCCCUCCAAAAUGACAGCUAAUGUAAACAUAAUUUGGUCGGAUAACGCCGGUGACCUCAGUGUCCAAGUGGCAAGUUCAUCACAUUUCAAGAUAUGCACUCCCAAAAAAGUUAUUUCAUUUGAAGAUGCAAAACAGCGGGCAUGGCAGUGGAAGAAGGCAAUCGAAGGGCUUCAACAUUGUUGAAUCUGCAAACUGCUACAACCUUUCCAACAUAUAAUACUUCUUUCAAAUACCAAUUUGUUUCAAGAAGGGUAAUACUAUAAAAUGAGUUAAUAGUACCAGUUCACUGCUUGCAUCAUCAUUCCAGAGAUGGUCUACCUUCUGCCAAUGUUAAAAUUCUGAUGUACAAGAUCUCAAAGUUUUUCUAUGUAGAUUGUCAUAAUUCACAGAUGCAAUUUGGUCUGAUUGAGGAAGUAUUUGCUCGUUGACCAUGAUGGGAACGCGGCCACAGAAAUUUUGGGGCAUCGAGGUGUGUCAUAUGUACUUGUCAUUGUUUACUGAUCCUGUUAAUGACCUUGUUCUUGGCCAAUAUUGCUUAGGAUAGUGAUUUUGAAUGCCU